CUCAUCUUGUCCUGGUACAGAAUUCACUGAAACAGAACCUCAUAAACUGCAGCUUAAUUUCUGCCUUCUUUAGGGUAGAAAUGUGAGUGUUAGAGUCCUGUGGAAGUUCGUGCAGGUUCCUACCAGCAGCUGAGACGAUGCAUCCAAAACUUUAGCAUUCUAUUUCUGCAUAAUUUGUUCAUCUUGCCCAGUUGUAGAAUUGCAUGGAAAGCCGAAAUACUAAUACUUUUUGUGUAAUUUACAAAAGGGAAUCACAGCCUUUGUCACUAAGUGUUUAUUUCACUGGCUGUGAAGCAGCUUAAUAAAGUCACAUGUUUGAGUCAGAUGGGGAUCUCUUGGAGCUUAGGGCCUUCAAAACAAUCACUCCCAGCAAGUAAUGUGAAGGAGACAAGUAAAGAGAGCUGCUGGUGGUAGAUGGAUGAUUGUGGUGGAUCCCGGCAUCUCGAGAAGGGACUGGAUUGACAGAAGCUCUGGUACAGGUUCCUGGAUCUGCGUCUCAGAGCCUGAAAGGAAGUGGUGACUUCUUUUGUAAAAUGUAUGGCCAUUUAUGAAAGGAGGUGAUUGGGUCAGCUGUUGGCUUGGGAAAAGACGUCGUGUGGGCCCUUGCUGGCCUUUCUGGGGCUUGUGAUCACAGUGGGAGCUCAGCACUUUUCACACGGGACCUCACGAAUCCAUUGUCAUCUUGUCCUUGGUGGGCCUGUCAAAAAGAAGUUAUUUCGAAAGCCUAUUGCUGAUUGCACAUUUCAUUCCAUCAAGUGUUCCGUGCAUUUCAUACAACUGCUGGAAGCUUCUGAGAUAAGAGUGGAAAAGUGCCCUGUGCCCUUCGGAGAGUGCCGCCAAGCUCCUGGACAAGAACCCGUUCUCGGUCAGUAACCCGAACCCUCUGCUUCCUUCGCCCGCCAGUCUCCAGCUGGCCCAGCUACAAGCCCAGCUCACCCUCCACCGGCUGAAGCUGGCACAGACAGCUGUCACCAACAAUACCGCAGCCGCCACGGUCCUGAACCAAGUCCUCUCCAAAGUGGCCAUGUCCCAGCCUCUCUUCAAUCAGCUCAGGCAUCCGUCUGUGAUCAGCGCCCCCCAGAGCCAUACGGGGGUGCCUCAACAUGCUGCGGCCGUGCCCAGCGCCCAGUUUCCCUCGAAUGCCAUUGCCUUCUCACCCCCCGGCCAGACGCGAGGCCCGGUACCCUCUGUGAGCCAACCCCCCAAUGCCGUGGUGAUGCAUCCUUUCAGUGGAGUCCUGCCUCAGACCCCUGCCCAGCCAGCAGUCAUCCUGGGCAUUGGCAAGACUGGGCCUGCCCCUGCUGCGGCGGGAUUCUAUGAGUAUGGCAAAGCCAACUCCAGCCAGGCAUAUGGCUCUGAAACAGACAGUCAGCCCAGCUUCCUGCCAGCCACGGCCUCUACCACGGGCAAUGUGACCUAUGAAGGGCACUACAGCCACUCAGGGCAAGAUGGCCAAGCUGCCUUUCCCAAGGACUUCUACGGACCCAACUCCCAAGGGCCGCAUGUGGCAGGUGGAUUUGCGGCCGAGCAGGCCGGGGGCAUGAAAGGCGAGGUAGGUCCGCUGCUGCAGGGUCCAAACAGCCAAUGGGAGACCCCCCACGGAUUCUCUGGCCAAAGCAAGCCCGAUCUUACAGCAGGCCCUAGCCUGUGGCCUCCACCCCCCAGCCAGCCCUAUGAGCUCUAUGACCCCGAGGAGCCCACCCCAGACAGGACCCCUCCUUCUUUUGGGGGUCGGCUAAACAACAGCAAACAGGGUUUCAGCGGUGCCCGGAGGCGGGCCAAGGAGGAGCAGGCGAUGCUGUCCGUGCGGCCCCUGCAGGCUCAUGAGCUGAAUGACUUUCACGGUGUGGCUCCCCUUCACCUCCCACACAUCUGUAGCAUCUGCGACAAGAAGGUGUUUGAUUUGAAGGACUGGGAGCUUCAUGUGAAAGGGAAACUACAUGCUCAGAAAUGCCUGGUCUUCUCUGAAAAUGCUGGCAUCCGGUGUAUACUCGGUUCAGCAGAGGGAACGCUGGGUGCCUCUCCCAACAGCACAGCCGUUUAUAAUCCUGCUGGGAACUCUGAAGAUUAUGCCUCAAACCUUGGAUCAUCGUAUGCGGCCAUUCCAGCAAGGUCAUUUGCUCAGUCAAAUCCUGCAUUUCCUUCGGCUUCCCUGGGGACAAACUUUGCACAGCGGAAAACGGGUGCUGGCCGCGUGGUGCACAUCUGCAAUCUCCCUGAAGGAAGCUGCACGGAAAAUGAUGUCAUUAACCUGGGGCUGCCUUUUGGAAAGGUCACUAAUUACAUCCUCAUGAAAUCUACUAAUCAGGCCUUUUUAGAGAUGGCUUACACAGAAGCUGCCCAGGCCAUGGUCCAGUAUUACCAAGAAAAAUCUGCCAUGAUCAAUGGUGAGAAGUUGCUCAUUCGGAUGUCCAAGAGAUACAAGGAAUUGCAGCUGAAGAAACCCGGGAAAACGGUGGCUGCCAUCAUCCAGGACAUGCAUUCCCAGAGGGAGAGGGACAUGUUCCGGGAAGCAGACAGAUACGGCCCAGAAAGGCCACGGUCUCGCAGUCCAGUGAGCCGGUCACUGUCCCCGAGGUCCCACACGCCGAGCUUCACCUCCUGCAGCUCUUCCCACAGCCCUCUGGGUCCCACCCGCACCGACUGGGGAAACAGCCGGGACUUGUGGGAGCACUCGCCCUAUGCCAGAAGGGAGGAAGAGCGAGAUUCGAGCCCCUGGAGGGAGAAUGGAGAGGACAAGAGGGACAGGGCAGACGCGUGGCCACAUGAUCGAAAACACUACCCCUGGCAACUGGACAAAGCGGAGUUAGAUGAGCGGCUGGAAGGAGGGCGGGGCCACCGAGAAAAGCACCCAAGGCCCGGGUCCCCCAGCCCGCUGCACUCCGCCUCGGGCUACAAAAGCCGAGAAGACAGCUACUACCGGAAGGAGCCCAAAGGCAAAUCGGACAAGUAUGUAAAGCAGCAGCAGGAAGCUCCCGGGAGGUCCAGGAGGAAAGAGGAGGCCAGGCUGCGGGAGAGCAGACACCCCCACCCCGAGGACUCAGGCAAGGAAGACGGGCUGGAGCCGAAGGUCACUAGGGCCCCUGAGAGCGUCAAGUCUAAGCAGAGUGAGAAAAACAGAACCAAGAGACCUGAUAGAGACCAAGAAGGAGCUGAUGAUAGAAAAGAAAGCAGAAUGGCGGGGAAUGAGGUAACGAUGCAAUCUCUUCCCCAGGCUGGAAAAGAGGAGCAGGAGGGCAUGGAAGAAAGCACCGCAUCAGUGGGCAGGCAGGAGAAAGAAACAGAAUCCUCUGAUGCUGAGGACACAAGGACAAAGGAGCAAGACUGGGAGAGUGGAAGUGAGGCAGAAGGGGAGAGCUGGUAUCCCACUAACAUGGAGGAGCUGGUUACAGUGGACGAGGUUGGGGAGGAGGAAGAUUUUAUUAUGGAACCAGACAUCCCAGAACUGGAAGAAAUUGUGCCCAUUGACCAGAAGGACAAAAUCUGCCCAGAAAUAUGUCCCUGUGUGACGUCCACCUUAGACCUGGACGUAACCAAGGAUUUCACCAACGAGCGUGUGAAGCCCGUAGGUAACGGGGCUACGGAACUCAGCCUCAAGUCACCCAAAGAUCUGCCUUCUGCUUCCACGAGCUGUCCCAGUGACAUGGACGUGGAAAUGCCUGGCCUAAAUCUGGACGCUGAGCGGAAGCCAGCUGAACGUAAGACAGACCUCUCACUGGAGGGUUCAGAUUGCUACGAGAAGCAGGCAAAGGGAGGGGAGAGCUCCGAUGUUCAUCCGGCCCCUCCACUCCAGCAAAUGUCUUCCCCCAAGCCAGCAGAGGAGGGGGCCCGGCAGCCUAGCCCACCUCUCGAUGACUGCAAGGCCGGGGGGCCCCCCGAAGAUGGGGCAUGUGAAGGCGGUCCCCUGGAGGGGAAAGCCAGCCCCCGCACCGAAACUGACCUCCAAAGCCAGGCUCGCCAAGGAGUGUCCACCCAGGAAAACUCCAGGUACAUGGAAGUAAAAUCUUUGGAUGUGAGGUCACCGGAAUACACGGAAGUGGAGCUGAAACAGCCCCUCUCUUUGCCUUCCUGGGAGCCCGAGGAUGUGUUCAGUGAACUUAGCAUUCCCCUAGGGGUGGAGUUCGUGGUGCCCAGGACUGGGUUUUACUGCAAGCUGUGUGGGCUGUUCUACACCAGCGAGGAGAUGGCGAAGAUAAGCCACUGUCGCAGUGCUGUUCACUACAGGAACUUACAGAAGUACUUGUCCCAGCUGGCCGAGGAGGGCCUCAAGGAGACCGAGGGGGCAGGCAGCCCAAGGCCCGAGGACAGCGGAAUCGUGCCACACUUUGAGAGGAAGAAGCUCUAGGCCCCUGCAGCGACUUCAGUCGGGAGAGGACGGCCUUCUGAGACGGGGUCUUCCUGACAUCCUGGACAGGAGCUAAAGCCUGGGAGGAAGGCAAACCAGGCCGCCUGAGCUUUUUCUUGGAGACUCAUGAAAUCGCCCCUCAAGUGUCUCCCUGGUGAGAGCUGUCACCUCAUGUGUCCAGUGGUCGAGCGCUACCCUCUCUCUCCCCGUUGAUUCUUGUUUCCUUCAAUGUGAUUCUCUUCUUUCCCCUCCUCCUCUCACCUUCUGUGCCAAGGGUCAUUUAUUUUUCAUGAAACCCAACUUCUCAGGGAUUUUCACAGUGUCCAAAUUCUUGGUGGCCAGCCGGAUCAACCAAGGAAGAGAUCUCACAGAAACCCCUGGGUCAAGAACCACUUCAGGGAGCCUGGAGCAUUUUCCCUGCCUGGCGUUCUGAGCAGGGGAGCCGAGUCGGGCCCUGCAGUCCCGGAGAGGGGGGCACCCUAGACCAUCCGUUGGCAGAAGCUGGGAGUUUCUCCAGCGGGACCACUUUUGCGAAAAGCCCCCAUUUUUAAUAACUCUUUCAUCCUCUCAACUAUUCUAGAAGCCCAUCAGAUUCAUGCCUUAAAAUAAAGUUAAUGAAUUCCA